GUAUCAAAACCCUCCUACAAAGUAUGAACCACAAAACAUCAAAUCAAAAUUCCAAACUAAAAAUUCGCAUCUAACCCCAUCCUUAACCCUAAGUUUUAUCACAACCAUAUGAAGCCAAGAACAAUAAUAAUACUCUUAACCAUAGCCGGCUGCUUCGAAAAUUCCUCCCUCCCUCUUCAUACAUAUACAGGAGCAAUCACCACCGCCAUGGACACCUUCACUGUCUUUCUGUCAUGGCUCAACAAAUCCUUAAUCCUGUGUUUUUCUCGUUAUUGUUUCUAACAACAAUGACUCUAACAAGAGGUUUGUCUAUAAAAUGCCGGGUAACAGUAGUACCAACAACACCCUUGGUUACCUUUCUUGAACGUGUCCAAGAAACUGCCCUCGACACUUUUGGAGAAAAGAACUUUGACGCAAAACUUUACGUCGAUUUGUCAUUAAAACUCAAUCUUUCGAAGACAGAGAAAGCUUUUGAUGGGCUACCAAGAAGUGGUGAAAACGGGACUGUUUCAGUCAAAGCCUUGAAAGAGUUUAUUGCAACCUACUUUGAUGAUGCAGGGGAUGAUCUCCUGUACUAUGAUCCAGUGGAUUUUGUUCCUGAACCCGAAGGGUUCUUGCCUAAAGUAAAGAAUCCAGAAGUGAGGGCAUGGGCUCUCGAGGUUCAUGCUUUAUGGAAGAAUUUGAGUAGAAAAGUCUCCGAUGGGGUUCGUGAACAGCCUGAAUUGCAUACUUUACUUCCCCUGCCUGAGGCAGUGGUUGUGCCUGGUUCACGUUUCAUAGAGGUUUAUUAUUGGGACUCGUAUUGGGUAAUUAGAAUUAUAUCAACCUCUAAUUGGUCGAUAUCAUACGGGACCCAUUGGUUAAGUCUUUCAGGAGUAUUCCUCUUUGGUGCAUCAAAUUAUGGUGAGAAUAAUAUAGAAGAGUGCUUAUCAUGCAGGGGCUUGCUGUCAAGUAAAAUGUAUGAGACUGCAAAAGCAAUUGUGACAAAUCUCAUUUUCCUUGUGGAUACGUAUGGCUAUGUUCUUAAUGGUUCAAGGGCCUAUUACACCAAUAGGAGCCAACCUCCCCUCCUGAGUGCAAUGGUUUAUGAGAUAUAUAAUAGAACUUGUGAUGUGGAAUUGGUUAGAAAGGCUCUUCCUGCAUUGCUCAAAGAACAUGCCUUUUGGAACUCUGAGAUACAUAAGGUCACCAUCCAGGAUGCUCAAGGCUGCAACCACAACUUAAGUCGGUAUUAUGCAAUGUGGAACAAACCCAGGCCCGAAUCUUCUACAAAAGAUAAGGAAUCUGCUUCCAAGUUCUUGAGUAAUUCUGAGAAACAACAGUUUUACCACGACAUAGCUUCAGCUGCUGAAUCCGGAUGGGAUUUUAGUACAAGAUGGAUGAGGAAUACGUCAGAAUUCACUACAUUGUCCACGACAUCAAUUUUACCUGUUGAUUUAAAUGUUUACAUACUCAAGAUGGAACUAGAUAUUGCCUUUUUGGCAAAUGUCCUCGGAAACAAAGCCACAAUGGAGAGUUUCUUGGAAGCUGCCGAAGCAAGAAAAAAUGCAAUCAAUUCUGUUUUCUGGAAUGGCGAGAAGGGACAGUGGUUUGAUUACAGGCUCACUAAUGGCACUAUAUGCAAGGAAUCUGAAACAUGGCAAGCUUGUAACCAAAAUCAGAAUGUAUAUGCUUCGAACUUUAUUCCUUUGUGGAUAGAUUUGUUCCAUUCAGAUGCUGCUUUGGUGAAGAAUGUCAUGGGGAGUUUUCAAAGUUCAGGCCUGAUUCAUGUUGCUGGAAUUGCCACUUCUUUAAUAAAUUCAGGACAACAAUGGGACUUUCCAAAUGGUUGGGCGCCACUUCAACACAUGAUUGUUGAAGGUUUGCUGAGCUCUGGAUUAAAAGAAGCAAGGUCAUUGGCAGAAGACAUAGCUGUGAGGUGGAUCAAAACCAACUACGUUGGAUACAAGAAAACAGGCGCAAUACAUGAAAAAUACGAUGUGCAAAAAUGUGGAGAAUUUGGAGGUGGCGGAGAAUACAUACCCCAGACUGGUUUUGGUUGGUCAAAUGGAGUUACAUUGGCAUUUUUGGAGGAGUUUGGAUGGCCUGAAGACCGGAGCAUAGGUUGUUGAUCGGCUUGGAAACUGAAGAGAGGGAUUUUUUAUACAACAGUUUAUUUUUGCGAUCCAAGGCAUUUUUUUCCACGUUAUUUCCUCACGCAUGCCAUAUUGUAAUUUGAUCACAUGCUGAUAGAUCCUAUUGAACGCGAUCAGUCUUGUUUCUGUGAUCUUUUAAUAGAAAAUGAAUUAAUGAA